AUAAUCAGUUAGUGUUGGACGAUUCCGAAGUACACAGGUGACAAAGUGUGAAGCUAUUUCCGCUCAAUUUUACUGAACAGGGAUACAGCCACAACAGGAUAUACAUAGUUAACAGUAUAAAAUGCUUAUAUCACAAUUUUUUGAAAACCAGGAGAUUUUUAUUACCGGGGGCUCAGGUUUUAUAGGAAAGGGCCUCAUUGAAAAAAUUUUGCGCUCUUGCACAAAUGUAGGUGCCGUCUACGUCCUGCUACGACCGAAAAAAGGAAAAACUAUUGAAGAGCGUUUAAAUAAUAUAUUAGAUUCUGAACUAUUUGCCCGUCUUAGACGAGAACAACCUCAAAACUUAAAGAAAGUACAUGCUAUUGCAGGUGAUUGUAGUGAAUUAGGUUUGGGCAUUUGUGCAUCUGAUUUGAGACGAUUAGAAAAUGUGAACAUUAUUUACCAUUCAGCUGCUAGUGUAAGAUUCGAUGAUCCAUUGCGCGAUGCUAUUCUCAUGAAUACACGCGGCACUUAUGAGUUGAUCAAAAUCGCAGAAACUCUUAAGCAUCUGAAGGUCUUUAUGCACGUUUCCACCACUUACUGUUAUCCAAAUCGACGAGUUAUUGAGGAACAGUUUUACCCACCUUAUGCAGAUUGGCGCACAACUAUUAAACUGGCCGAAACUUAUGAUACUGAAUUGUUGAACGUUUUCAAUCUAAAAUACGGCGACUUCCAGCCAAACACAUACACAUUUACGAAAAGUUUAGCCGAACAAAUUAUCAAGGAGUAUAAAGACAAACUGCCUUUAAUGAUAUUUCGACCUUCAAUAGUUAUUUCAUCGAUUGAAGAACCUGUUCCUGGGUGGGUGGAUAACUUUAACGGCCCCAUUGGAAUGCUAGUUGCUUGUGGCAUUGGUAUAUUCCGUACUAGCUAUGGUGAACCAAACAUUAUUUCCGACUUUGUACCAGUUGAUGUAGUUGUGCGUGCCAUGCUAAUUGCUACGUAUCGUAAGGGUACUGAGGAUAGAGAUAAUGAUGAACCGAAGCUGGAAGUAGUUAAUGGUGCUGCUUCAAAAAUUUGCCCCAUAACAACUGGCGAAGUCAUCGAAAUCGGCAAAAAAGUUAUAAAAGAAACUCCUUUUGAAAAGACAUUGUGGGUACCAGAUGGAAGCAUAACGCGGUGCCCGGUGUGGAAUAUGAUACGGUUCUUUACUCUACAUAUUUUGGUGGCAAUAUUUGCAGAUUUUGCCUUGCGGUUUACUAAUACAAAACCAUUCCUUUUAAAAUUGCAACGACGUAUUUAUGCUGCCACAUUAGCCUUGCAUUACUUCGUAACCACUCAGUGGGACUUCAAGAACGACAAUUUCUAUGAAUUGAAUUCUUUUGUACCAGAGUCCGAAGUCGACAAAUUUGGAUUCUUACAAUACAAAGAUCUGGAUUACGAACAAUUUUUCCGCACGGGUAUACGUGGCGCAAGGGUAUUUUUGUUGAAAGAACCGGCAACAUGUUCUCAAGGUGCAUUAACACGCAUGAAAAUCUACAAAGUAUUGCAUUUUCUCAUCAAGUUAAUCGGAAGUGUGCUGAUUUUACGCUUCGUAGCAUACUUUAUUUAUGAUAAAUUUUAUGCUACUUUCAUAUAAUUCAAAUAUCUUACACUUUCGUCUAUAUAAUUCAUUUGGAAUAAAACAUUAACACAUCAUAUCAUGUAUUUAAUGCACCAUCGUCUAUCAAAAAAAUCUAACCUUUUUUGAAUUAGUCCAAAUGGAUUGUUUAGCGAUUUCCUAUGAAAAUUCUAUUUUACAGUAAUAAAAAG